CGGCGAAGAUGAAGAGAUUGGAGGAGGAGAUGAAGAAAGUACAACAAGAGGAGGAAGGAAGAAGAAAAGCUGCUGAAGCAGAAGCGGCAGCAGAAGAAGAGAAAGAGAGGAUGAGRAUUGAGAGUGGAGAAGGGAGUAGUGGUGGCACGAUGACAAGGGAGACAGAUACAGGGAUGGAGAAGAGGAUCAGCGAGUGGGUCGCUAAUUUAUCGUUGGGAGAAGACGAGGAGGUGGAGUCCUAUGUGACUAAGGAUGAGAAGGCUGCGCUGGCCGCUGAGGUAGCGGCCAUGACAGACCCGAUGGAACGAAGAGAGAGGGAAGACGAACAAAAGUUAGCAUGGAAGUUGAGAAUGAAGAGGGAGAAGAAGAGGAGGAGAGAGGAAGUGAAUAAGAUGACCGCAGCAGUGGUAAAGGUGCAGGAGUGUAGAGCGGAGGUGCUGGCCCAACCAGACGAUAAGGCCAAGUGGGACAAAGUACUGGGGUACCUGGAGGUGUUGAGCAAGGCCUGGAUGGAGGAGCGCCAGGCAAGCUGGAGCCAGGAUGUAGCAUUGAGUGCCAUGCGGUCAGGGUUUAGAGAUUUUGCGCGCGAGAUUGUCACCCAUAUUGGGGGCGAAGUGAAGCAAUUGAGAGAUAAUGUAGGGAAGUUUUAUGAGGGCGCCAUUCAGGGUGCCAAAGCUGUAGCCGCUGUAGAGGGAGAGGCCAGACCCCGUGUGGCAGAAGAAUUAAAGGAGAGGAUGCCAGCCUGGGCCAAAAUGAAGAAGGAGAGUAAAGGACAACUGAUUUUGGUAGAUGUAGAGGUGUUUAGGAGUAGGGUAGGGGCCCUUAUAGACUCAGGGGCUACCCGUAGUUAUAUCAGCCGUAGGGCGCUGAAGAAGCUGAGGCUAGGACUAAAGGUCCAAAAGUUAAUAGGCCCUAUGGUCAGUGUUCUCGCAGACAACCGCACAAUGCGCGUUGAGGACUAUGUAGAGGGAGUCCAGGCGUACUUUCGCCUAGAGAAGGAUGGGAAGGUGGAGAAAGUUCUCCAUUCCCUGACUCUCCUUGACCUUCCUUUCGAUGUAGUGUUAGGAAUGGAUUGGGGAGAGGCAGCGGAGGCCACACUCCAUUUGAGAGAGCAUGAGUGUAGGCUCCCUGGUUCGUCAGGCGAAGUGAAGACUGCUCGCCUGUUCCAUGCGUCCGGUGUAGAUAACACCUUGGCGCAUUGCUGUCUCAGUGCUCCCGCGUUCGCGCGAUUAGUAAGAAAGGAGCAGUUAGAGGAACAAGUCUUUGUGGUGUAUGUUAGAGCUGUCACUGAGGGGCAGAAGAAGGAUAACUCCACAGACCCAACAAUUUCCAAGCUGCUGGAGGAGUUCAAAGAUUUGACUGAGUCGCUGACAGGAGUAGUGCCGCGACCCAUCCAUCAUAGGAUAGAGAUAGAGCCUGGCAGUAGAACACCUAAGGGUGCAGUCUACAUGAUGUCCCCUAGAGAGUUAGAGGAGCUUCGCAAGCAGUUAGACGAACUCCUUGAGAAAGGGUGGAUCAGGCCCAGUUCGUCUCCUUUUGGAGCACCCGUUUUGUUUGUCCCCAAGAAGGAAGGAGAGCUGAGAAUGUGUAUAGACUAUAGGGGAUUAAAUGCGAUCACCGUGAAGAAUGCUGAGCCGCUGCCCAGGAUAGACGAUCUUUUAGAUCGGGUGCAGAGUUGCUUAGCUAACUACUAUAGGAAGUUCGUAAGGAACUUCUCUACUAUCGCCGCUCCCUUGCGCAGGUUGCUGAAGAAAGAGGCAAACUGGCAAUGGGACAAAGACUGUACGUCUGCGCUCAAGAAGCUAAAGCGCGCGUUAAUAGAAUAUCCUGUCCUCAAAGUUGCAGAUCCGUCUUUGCCAUUUGUCGUCACCACGGACGCGAGUCAGUAUGGGAUAGGCGCCGUGUUGCAGCAAGACGACGGCAAUGGCUAUAGACCCGUAGAGUUCAUAUCUGCUCUUGACUUUCUGUUACCUGAAAAUCAGCCAACUGCAGCACUUGGAAGCUUAGAGUUUGCUGUAAAGUACAAACAGAUGCUGCAGCAGGCCGUAGAGCAUAUUCAGAAUGCACACGAUGCCAUGGUGACAUCUGAGAACAAACACAAACGACCGUCUGCAUUUCAGGAAGGUGAACGAGUCUGGGUAAAAUCAUCUGAAAUGGGCCAAGAGUUGGGAAUUUCACGCAAACUGAUGCCACAGUACGUUGGGCCUUGGGAGAUUCUGGACAUAGUACGACAUCAACCCGAUGACGCAUCAUAUGUGAUUCGCAUUCCUGGUCACCUCCGUACACACCCUGUUUUCCAUGCAUCCCAAUUGGCACCCUUCGCUGAAAUUGAGCAGUUUCCCUCAAGAAGAUCUAUGCUGCCCCCAACCAUGGAUGGACACGUGGACAUGGACGACACUGUUGAGCACAAGCUAAUGCCUGUGCCCAAGCCUCCAGGCAGGGGACGCAAUCCGAAACUGCAGAUGCAGUACCGGGUGUGGUUCAGACACCAUACGGAUCCUAAAGAAGAUCAGUGGUUCACAAGAGAAGAGCUAAUGAAGACCGCUGCCCAAAUUAUGUCAAGGCCAAAGUCAACUGUAGAGUCAAAGAGGUUGUUAGGGGAUGGUCGCCGGGCAGCUCGACGUGAUGGUCAUCGAGUUCGACUCGACGAGGACGUCAUCACUGGACUUUCUGGGCACCUUGAACGUCUGAUUGUCGGGUUGGACACGAGGACCAUAAUGGAUGCUACAGAGCAACAAGCGAAACGCUCUAGAACCAGGAGCUCUGCGAGUGUCGAGCACUCGCCCAAAAAAUUGAAGGGAACCCCAGUCACCGUGGUGGAUAAAGAAGAGACGCCAGGAUCUAGGGCGACAGUACAGCGCCGGUCAUCGAGCUCAGCGAUGCAGACGCCUGUGCAGCGACGUACGCCUCUUUCAGGUACACCUCUUUCAGGUGCGCGGAGUCACCCUCGGGGAUCUGAUCAAGGCAGGGAGGGAGAACACCAUGUCCGGAUUGUGGGGAGUGCUCAAGGUUCUGGUGGUGGUCGUGGUCAAGGGUCUGGUGGUGUUCGUGGUCAAGGAUCUAGUGGUGGUCGUCGACAAUGCGCAGAAGAGACAGCGCGGCAUUCGGGCUCCGCCGAGAGGUCUGUGCAUGGGGUGUCGGACGUCGAGCCUGUUGUUGACUACAAAGACAAAUUAUGGAUGUUGGAUUGGGCAGGCGAUAUCGGGCAGGCUGGAAGUGAUCCGAGUCUUCAAUUGAGAUUGUCUGAUCUAAUUGAAGUGUUCGCGUUCUUCGACGCGAAUGUGAUUCGAGGCCAUGGGGCUGUGGCUCACAAGGAUGACGCCGUGACAAAACCAAAAAGUGUUAUGUCAGCAGCUGCACUAGGACAGUCUUCGGGAAUAAUGCGACCAACUGUGGGUGCCAUAUCUCUCCGGCCGUCAGCGUCCACGGCGAUUGUCCCGAAAGCGGGUCAGAUCGCUUCCAAGGGCCCCGCUCAUGCACAGGUUCCACCGCCGGCGCCGAAGAAGAUCCGUGGUUUAGCAGCGAAAAAGCCAUUGGAUGUACUGCACGACAUUGUGCGUUCGUCGAGUAUGUAUGGUGCCGCUGUGCAAGGGCAUGAGGAGCACUCGAGCAUGUACAGUGCUAUGCAACGUCAUGAGAAGCCUUUGUAUUUCGGAGAUUCGGAGGAAGGGAGCAACAAAGAAGGAACAGAGAGGGAAGACGAAGAGGAAGGUUCACAGGAGAGAAGCGGUGGAAGCCAAGGAGAGGAAAAAGAGGAUAGUGAACAAACUUUUGGUGAGAGGGAAGGCCAUGAACGGACACAAGCCAAGGAGUUAGAGAGACGACGACACUCAAGUGUUCAUGCUGGGUUGUGCAUUGAGCGGAAGGAGAAGAGCGAUGACGAGCACUAUGAAGAUGUGCAGGAGCAAGAAGAGGGUUGGCAUGUGGACAAGCUGCAACACAAACCCGAAGCUGCUGCAAAACAAAAGCCGGCGCGGAAAAAGAGAGUAGCAAAGGGAGGUACGAUGGAGAAGACGACAGUUUUCCCCGCCUCUGAACAGCCACAGUCUGGCGAUGAGGGGAAAGGCAAAAUUGUCAUGCGGCCAUCAAGAUUGCAACUGUCGCCAAGUGAGCCAGCCACUUUGCAUCUCGGGAAGGGAUUCUUUCUGGACUUCAAUCCAGACGACACCCAAAAGAGCGAGACACAGUUUAUCACCGUCGAAUUCCGAAAGAUUAUGGACAUUCCAGAUGAAGAGUUUAGAUAUAACCAGAGAUUUCUCGGCCAAAAUCACGUUGAUGAGAUCUACGAAGCGAUGGUAAUAUCAGGUGAAGCGGCUAUUCAUGAAAGGACAACAGGCAGGACAGGGUUGAGCACAAAUCUUAGCGAUGUCUCAGAUGUCAUGGAUUGUAAAGAGGUCAUCCGACAUCUGACAUGUUACACAACAGUGCUUGAUUUGUGCCAUCCUACUCAAAUGGCCAAGUGGACAGAGCCGAUUUUUGAUGGACUCUGGCAAUUCAUGAAAAUGGUGGGAGGGGAGUAUUGGACGCUGAUAUGCUUCAUUCCGCGGUCCUGUGAGCUGACCUUUUUCAGGCGGGUGGUCCAGUCGGAUAUUCACAUGUCAGUCGCGAAGUGGACUCGCCAACAACAACAGAAGGUCCGCCAUCCGUAUAAGAUUGCAAAUUUGUCAUUGGAAGAUGCGGACAGAAUGGUGCUUAUUAUGUAUUCCAAUGAUGGGGACUACCACCGGAAUACAAUACCGUUGUUCGAAGAUAUCCAACCAACGGGACCAUCUUUCAGUACUCGAGCAACUGACAUUUCCACACUUGCGCGGCGAGAGCGGAAGCCAAAGGUGCUCACGGAUGUAUUGGAGAAGAACUUUCUGCCAACGAAGUGGAAAAUGGCGGGUAUGGAGCCGAAAGAAAAAGUUGUAUAUGAAGGAAUGGAGAGGGACCCAAAUGCAAUGGUAAAGACGUUGGAACACUUAUGUCCAGUGGAUGAAGCUAUUGUGUUUUUGGGAAAGGGUCAUGCAGCUUUGGUGUGGGAGCUAUUAAGAAGUAAUUGCCACUGCGUAGUUUUGGAAGGAGAGGACAUGAAGUUCGACUUCCUUGUACAAUUCAUAAACAAGAUGGUCGACACUCGAGAUUAUCAUGCGAAAUUCAUCAAGCCACCACCCCGCCAUGAUGAAGCUCGUGAUUUUGUGCACAAAGUGGGUCAAAAUAUGUUGAACAUCUGGCAGUUCCUUUUCGAGAUGCGGCCUGAAAACAGGAGAGACCGUGCAUAUGUUGCUCGCAGGCGAAAAGUUGAGACCCUUCUACGAGGUUAUCAUAAAGCUUCUUCAGACAAAGAGAUUUCAUUCCUCGACCGAUUGGAAAUCAUGUAUUUUGGUGAACGAAUCGGUGCUUUCACAGUCUCUGCCUACGCAACUUGCAUUCCGGAGGGUGAAGAGUUCGAUGCUGAAGAUUCGGAAGAGGAAAGUGUCGAUGGUACUUUGCAAACGGCCUUGGCAUGCGAAAGGGAAAGGACAAGUACCUCGUCUUCUCAAAAGAUGGCUACAACAGGGACGUCAUCAGGAACUCCUUCAAUUGGAAUUUCUGGUGUCGUGCUUGCCGACACAACGACACUUCCACUGACUACACCUCCUGACAGCACGACCGCUUUAGCAACGACAGUGUCAUCAUCUGCAGGAUUGAUGUCCGAUCCAGCGGCGGCCUUUAGAGCUUUGUUCGGUGUUGAGCCCUCCCCCGAGUUAUUAACGAGUUUCACAGGAUUUGCACAAAGCCCUGCUUUGUUGCAACGUUUCCUUCGUUCUCAUACCGCACAACAAGAACCUGAACCUGCAGAGGUGCUGGAGUAUGAGUAUGAGAUUGGGGAUAAGAUCCCCGCGGACAUCGCAUUAUUGAUGGGGCCUAUCGUUUGUCGAGAUGACCAUACAAUGAUGGAUGAUGAUAAGUGGGGUCACGACAUCGUGUGGCAUCCACAACAUUUUCAACCGGCAUUGGGGAAAGGACAAUGGGUGAUGGCAAUAAAACAAGACGGGCAGUGGCAAUUUUGUUCUCACAGACGUAUAGCGCAAUCGAAGUUUUAUACACAUGCAGAGGAUCAGAUCAAGAUGCGGCUUUCUCGACUCAAUCCUAAUGUUUCCCCAUCAAGAGUGGACACAAGGAAGCAGCAGAUUUUCCAGGAACUCAAAGCAUUACGAAGAUUUGAGGGAAAAGGACAAGGUUCUAGCGGUGGUGCGAGUGGAGAGGGAGUUGGACACCCAAGUGGUGGUGAGGGAGGAAAUGAUAAGAAAGGGAGUGGUGAAGGUGGAGGGACAUCACAAGGGCCUGCGUCCAAUCAGCCGUCAAGAGGUGCUACAAGAGGUCAACCACAUCGCGAGCACGUGGGAAGCGGCGGUCCUGUAGGAGGACGUAUCGAUGUCGGUGGUUCGCAGCAAGUCAAAGUGUCCACUGCAGAAAGACAAGUUGAUGAUUGUGAAGGUGGACUAAGUGCCACCACGACACUCACACUCACAAGUACCACAAUGACAGAUGUUGUAUGGUAUGAUGCCAGCGGCACAAGUGUCUUCCCUGUUGGCGAGAAGGCAAAUAUUGGCAGCCCGCAUGACCAUAUGUGGGAGUCUAUGGAUAUUAUGUCAUGCGGAUUGGAAAGUCAAGGGCGACUUAGGACAUCAAUGGAUGAAACCAUGUUUGCGGGGGUGACYGAACCGCAGGUCGAGCCUACCACUCCGCUCGAUGAAAAGACACUCAGAGGCGACUUGGASAUUCCUACYGAUUUUCRAAGUCCGAUAUUGACGGAGAAMKCACGACAAGGGUCUCAGGAUGCGCCUAUUGCAUGCGGAACGGCAACAACAAUGGAGGAAACCAUGUUUGUGGGGGAGCUCGAACCGGAAGUCGAGUCUAACAGUCUAUUCCAUGGAGAGACCCUCGGCAGCGACUUCGACAUUCCUACCGAAUUUCGAAGUCCGAUAUCAUCAGAGAAGGCGCAAGGAGGGUCUCAGGUUUCGCCUGUUGUAUGUGUUACUGCACGAAGAAACGACACUCUUUAGGGGCUCAUGGGAAAAGCAGCAAUCCAAGCACCCGACAUCGAAGAGGAUGAAGGCCAUAUUGUACGGACUACUCCAGAGCAACACACACCUGUGGAGGAAGGAAAAGAGAACAAACUUGAAACUCCUCU